AUGAAUACGGUAAGAACUUUUAUCUCAAAGUUUACAUCUUUGUACAAAGGUCGAUAUGCAGUUGUUACCAACACAGUAACUGCCGGUUGCAUGGGCGCUGUAUGUGAUAUUGUAACACAAAAAAUUGAACGUCAUGAAUACGAUGUACAAAGAACUCAGCGUAUGGCGAUUCUGGGCACGACGUGUGCACCGUUAAUGCACUACUGGUAUAGAUACCUGGACGGGAAGUUUACACCAAAUAUGAAACGCGCAGUCUUGAAAAAAGUUGCAGUCGAUGUGCUUAUAUCACCGAUUUGGUACGGAAUUUAUUUAGGCGGUUUUUGUAUAUUGAAAAGAUACACUUGGGAAGAAACCGUAACUGACCUAAAAGGCAAACUUCCAAUUCUUAUUUCCUUUGAUCUAAUUUCAUGGCCUGUGUUUCAAGCUGUUAACUUUUCAUUGUUGCCCCCUCAUUUUAGAGUGGUUGGAGUGAAAAUAAACGAGUUCUGUUUAGGUAUAGUGGGUUCACACCUUUUAAACAAUCCCUAUGAUAUCAGGGAAAUUCUUAAUAGGUAUUUUAAAAAGUAA